AUGGGUCAGAAUCUGCCCACUGAGAAGAAGGAGGAUGCAGAGAUAGAUGUGGCCGCUCUUCAGGAAAUGUAUAAAAAGUUUAUAACAGAGUGCCCGAGCGGUGUUUUGUUUUUACACGAAUUUAAAAGAUUUUUUGGUGUUGAUCCAACGGGCGAAGCGGCGGAGUAUGCGGAAAAUAUGUUUCGAGCUUUCGAUAAGAAUGGGGAUAACACUAUCGAUUUCCUGGAGUUUGUCGCGGCACUAAAUCUGGUGUUUAGGGGAGAUCUAGAGCACAAACUGAGAUGGUCAUUCAAAGUUUAUGAUAAGGACGGAAAUGGCUACGUGGAUAGAACGGAGCUCAGGGACAUAGUUGAAAGUAUAUACCGUCUGAAGAGGGUGAAUAAGAAAGAGCCUGAAAUCUCCAUUGAUGAAGUCUGUGAGAGGAUCCUUAGCGCAGUGGACGUGGACGGAGACGGUCAUAUAACUUUAGAAGAAUUUGUGCAGGGAGCCCAGCAGGACCCCUGGAUCUUGAACAUGUUACGUCUGGACAUGAAUCCUUAUAGCUGGGUACUGGAGCAAAGAAGGAAAAGCGCCCAUUUCUAA